AUGAUAUCAAAUACAUCUAUACUUCUUUUAAUUCCAAUAUCAAUAUUAAAUUUUCAUAAUUUAGGAAAUUAUGGAAAUAUUAUUGAAACAACAAGGAUUAUUUUAAUUAUUAACUAAGUCAUCUUUUCUUAUUUUACUGCUAGAUUUAAACCUGAAUUAGUAUUCAGUUUAUAAACUUAUUUAUCCUUAAAUGAUUCGGUAAAUCCCCUUAACACUCUACCUACUUAAUAAGGAGAGGCAUAACUCUAAUAAUUUAAUAAAUAAGACUUUGUAGAGAGCCGAGUAUCAGAACCUCAUAUGUAAAUUCCUAAAGUUGUAAAGAGAAUAUCAAAAACUUAUUUUGGAUUUGACGAUCUUCCUUCUGAUAAAAAAUCUGAAACUUAACUCUCUGGUAAGAAACCAACCCACCAUAAAGCAUUAUCAUCAUAAAUAUAAAGAUGUUCAGAUGAUCAAAAUGAAAAAAUUAAAUUGUCAUCCUUAAUUAAUAUAAAGUUAAGUGAAAGACAAAAGAGCAUUAUAGAUAUCGAAAAUAAUUCAUAAGAAAUUGAAUAAGUACUUUCUAUAAUCUAUUAUUUCUUUAAUAGGUUAAAGUGCCAAGAUCAGUAUCUUUAUCCUCUAUAAAUUCUUGUUGCAUUUGUUUCGAUAAUGAGCCAAAUGCAUUAUUUAUGUAAUGUGGUCAUGGAGGAGUCUGUUAUAAUUGUGCCAUAGAUUUGUGGAAAAAUAAAGAGGAAUGUUAUUUAUGUAGAAAUGUAAAUUUUACUAAUUAUUUUAGAAAAUUGAUAGAGUCUUGUAAAUUAAAAUGAUUUAAUAAUAAAAAAAUAUUUAUCAAGUAGUUGCUGCUACUGAAUUGAAUUAGAAACUUAAAUUAGAGUAAAAAAUCUUAAUAUAGAACUAAUAAUAAUGA